GCAUGCGCAGUGUUUGAAAGCAAUGGCGGCGCUUACGGAGGAGGCGGUGCGGGAGAGAGUCAAUCUGCGGCACCAGAACCUCGCUGAUGUCCGAUCAUUGUCUCUUCCUGGAACUUAUCAUGAAAAGAUUACUCAUUUAGGAAAUUCUCUGAAAAAUUUCACUCGCCUAAAAUCCUUAGACCUCUCUCGCAAUGCAUUGGUUAGCUUGGAGGGCAUUCAGCAUCUGAUAUUUUUAGAAAAGCUCAAUCUCUAUUACAAUCACAUUUCAUCACUGUCUGAAAUAUUUCGACUUCAUAGUUUAACUGCACUCAAGGAUGUGGACCUCCGUCUCAACCCUGUAGUUAAAAAUGAGUCUGAUUAUCGUCUUUUUGUUGUGCACAUGCUUCCUAACCUUAGACGCUUAGAUGAUCGACCGGUGAGAGAUAGUGAACGAAAAGCAUCCCUUUUGCAUUUCACCACAGAUCAUGCAUUUGAAUUAAAAGAUUCUUCACCAACAGCAAAAGUGAAAGAAAUCGAAAGAUCUGGUCAGCCACGGAUAGCAUAUAUUAACUCAAUGUCAAGGAAGUGUUCAGUGAUGGAUGAAGAAGAUGAAGCAGUGCUAAACCUAAUUACAAAGUGUGAAUGGGACUUGAGCAAACCUCUUGGAAUAACAGGAUCUGCUAAAAAGGACCCUGAAGUAGAAUUUCACAGUUUACAAAGUAUUCGCAAUAUGGAAGAUAAUGUUGGCAUUACUAUGAAUAGGAAAUCUGAAACCAGACCCAAGAGCCUACAAAUGUGGAAACAACAAGCAAAUAUGCCUAUGGAUGGUAGUUCAGAAAACAGAAAUGCGUUGAAAGUUCAGGAAACCAACGAAGAGUACAGAAGUUUGCCUGAUUGUUCACCAACUCUGCCUGUUGUGCAUAAUACCAUUAAGCAAGGGAAUGAGAAAAGGAAAAAUAGCACUAAAGUUACAUUUUCAGACAAUAAGACUGAAGAUCUUCUUAAGAGAGAUCCUAAUCUGAAAUUUCAAGAUGAGGCUGAAUCUUAUAAAAAAAUUACAACCCAUGCCAAUUUCACACCCCAUCCAGACUCUCAAGAAAUUUCUUAUCCAGUCCUCUCCUCUCCAAAGAUACAUUCACAGGCUCAGAAGAUUUUUAAUACAUUAUCAGCAUCUAGAUUACUUUGCAAUAGAAUAUCACAUAAUGGAGGAAACCAACCAGUUCAGAAUCAAACUUACCCUGCAGCUUUGCAGAAAAAUAAUGGACAACCUAAUGUUAAUGUGAAUGUGUCUAAACAAGAAAUCAUGCAAGAGACUGGCAGAAACCAUCCCCCUUCCAUUCAGGGACCUGGACCUGAAGAGCAAAGGCCAAAUAGCAAAACUACAGAUGUCAGAGAGGUGUUUGAAACCCAUCAAGUAGCAACUCAAUCAGCUAAUAAACAUCUGUAUGAAGCAACACCUAUGGAACAUCUUCUGGACUUAGUGGACAAAUAUUGGAAUGGUUAUAAAUCACUCCACUGCAAUGAGAAAUUUCUUUCUCAGGCAGGGCCUGUUUUGUCUGCAAUGCAGAAAUCUGCACCUGCGGAUCAACAAAAAGAUUCUGAAACAAUGUGUCAGGAGGUGAAUAAUCUGCUCUUAGAGAAAAGGACUUUACAAAGUCAUUUGUCUGAACAAGAUCAACAAUACAACAUAAAGAUUAACAGUCUGAUGUCAGAACUGAGCACUGCUCAAAAAGACAUGAUCUGCAAAAGGAGAAUCAACAAUUAAGAAGUGAAAACAUCAACUUGAAACAGCGUCUUCAGCACUAUGAUCAGAUUCAGGAGCUCACCGAGAUGUUGCAGGAAAGUCAUAGGUAUAUUGAAGGUCCUGGUCAGAAAUAAAAGAAAUGACAUAAGAAACCCAGAUCCUUGGCAUAUUGAAUACUUUGAAAUUUUGAAUUCAUUCUGUAUUAAAGUACCAGAGCUUCUCAGUUAAAUGUUUACUAUGAGUGGAAGAUGUUCAGUGUAUUUAAAAUGUAAACAUAGUAGGCCUUUUAGUCUCAGUAUUUAAUGAACAAGUGAAAGUUUAAUUGAUGAUUUCCUUACUGCUCCAUAGUAAAACUUUUAGUCCAUAGUACUGAGUUGUCUCUAGAUUCUGUGGAGGUAGCACAAGAUGAUGCUUAGCAACCAGUCUGCUCAGCCAGCUCUCUACCUCUUAAAUUGACAAACUAUACAACUAAAUCAGGAGCAACAUUUUAAACAUUUCGUUUGUUUUUUCAAAUUUAAACUGCAUAGAUUUAUACUCAGUUGAAACUUCAAUAACUUACUAUCCUGGAGGAGGGUGGGGCGGAUGAAUUAAAAUGUUAAUUACAGAAGGAAAAUGAUCAGAUAACAAAUUUUCCAUUCCGCUUCAUGGCAUCUCCACCCGUACAUAAUAUUGGGAAGUAACAAGCAGCAACAAAUUGAAAUGGGCAGGGGGAAAGAGGGGAAUAACGGGCCUGAAUUAACACUGUGUUUCUCCAGUUUUACACUAGUGUAAGUCAAUUAAUUGAGUUAGCCUGGCAUUAAAAUUGAAAUGCUGGGCUGAAUCAGCCCCCAAAAUAUAGAAUUCCUCCCCCCUAUGGAAAGCAGGACCUGGGCCUAUAUAAGGACCGCUGCCUGAAGUAUGCUUCUACCAGAGGAGGGCUCUCUGGGGGGAAUUGAAGUCUAUCUUGUAAUGUUUUAUAAAAGUACACAGGGAUGACCAUGUUGCUGCUUUUCAGAUUUCUUCUGGGAAUGCAAGUGCAUUCUCUACUUGUUCCUUUAGCCAUCUGGUGAUAAUCAAUGUGCCCAUUGAUACUGGUACAGCAUGCUGUGAUACCCCCUGGAAUUAGUAGGUUAGAGGCCUUGUGUGCCUCUCUGACGCAGCACUACAUCCAUUUUGCUAGUGAGGUGUGAAUGUGCUAGAUCUUAGGCAUUUUGCGUGGAAGGGGGGGUGGAAAACGGAUGAUGGAUUUUCUUCUAGGUCCUGUAUAAAUUGAGCUGGAAUGUUAGUGCACACAUACCUCUCGGGGGGAAAAAACCUAAAUUUGUAUUUAAAGACAGGAGCUGAGAGGGAGAAAUUGAGGCUGGCCCUCCCACUGGAGGAAAAUAGCUGGGCAGCAAGAAGAAGACAGGACAGAGCAGAUGGGUUGCUAAGCAACAGCUUGAGCUGCCUCCAGUUUCAGUGCACAAAGGCGACCCAUGACUUGGGCUGACUCACUGGAGAGGUGGUGUACAAGAGAGACUAUACUAUAGACAUGUUUUACGAAGGUGUAAAUAUUGCUGUCUAUUUUAUUUUAAUUAAGUGAAUAGUGGUGCUCUUUCAAAUUGGGAGAACUAGAAUCUGAAGUACGCUGUUUCUCCCCAGAAGAGAUAGCAGCAGAGGUAUUGGCAGUGCCAAGUGCCACACACACUGGCCUACUAAUGUGUUAUGUUUGAACAGUACCCUGGGGAUUAGAUGGCUGAUUUUAUAAAUCGAGUAAAUAAGUUUCAGCCAUAUUCUGGUGGGAUCAUCUCGUAGGAGCAGAAAAUAUCUUAGUCUCCAUGCCCAUUUAAACAUUGCCCUGUCUGCCAAAACAGUCAGCAAAGAAGGGUUGAGUACUAUGUGUUUUUUUGUGAUAUAGUUACAUGCUAUUUGAGGAGAUGAACUGAAACAACCAAUUUAUUUCAGUGUAAUGUAGGCCUUCUGCCCAGUGGUAAGGACUUUCAGCCAUUGAUCAACUUGGGCUGAUUUAAACCAGUGGCAGAUACUGUGGCAAAAAUCCCACAGGGUCUCAUAGAAACAACUCACUUUAAGCAGGCCCUGCUAUUCUACAGAAGCUACAUAUUCUCUCUAUGAAGUUCAUGCGGCUGUAGCAUCCCUCACAAAGGAUUUGAAUCUUCUUCAGCAGCCCAUAGAGCCUCCCUGUUAACCACAACUUGCUGGAGUCAGAAUGUCCCGGUGUGAUAAUCUAAAAAACAUCAACUCCCAGAAUCAUGAUGAACUCAAGCCAACACUAAAGAAAAUACACCUAUCCACUCUGUUUGCGGUGGAUGGACUAUGGACUCUAGGGGCUGAUGGUGAAACUCUGGCUAGGAGCCAAUUCCGGCAUUUUCUGGUACUGACCUUUGUCCCCAGUAUAAAUCACCUGAAACAAGUUCUACUGGCCACUAAAUGGUCAUCUUUUUAUGAUCUGUAAUAUAGCUAACAGUUUUUUAUAUUAUAAACUUGUAAUACAUGAUAUGUGAUCUACUAAUAAGAAAUUAAUGUUUCUGUCCAGUUAUAGAAUUACUCAUCUGGUGAAAGAGUAGAAGGGGCAGGACCCCAGUCCCUUUUUGUUGUGUUUUUGUGCUUUAGUAAGUUGCUCUCUCUCUCUCUCUGUUUUGGGGAGAUGCUAGAAAAAGUUCCCCUUAUAAACUUUGUUUUCAUAUGACUUAUAAGUUUUGGCACUUGUUCUUAGGAUCAGUGUCAGUAAAUGUCUGAAAGACUGCUUUAUAUAACUUCCUUUCAGCAUGAUCUGGAGAUGGGACAAAACUAGGGGGGAAAUCUUCAGUUUCAGAUAAAAUGGAAUGUAAAUCCCAAUUUUGGAUUUGGAAAAACAAAAGCAACCUUGGUCUUGCCCAUCUGUGUCCUAAACAUAUGGGGUGAGAGUCUGUGCUGUGACUCCGAAGGGGGAGGGUUACCAUAAUAAGAUAACAUUGUACAGUAUGUCUAUAUCUUGGCAGUUAUGAGGAUUUCAGAAUUAACACAACAGCUUAUUUUAUAGUUGUUUCAGUGGCUAAAAACUAGUUGGCCAGAGCUUCAGUAAUGUAAAAUACAGUUUUACAUCAGCUGAGGAUUUGGCCCAGUGAACGCAAACUUGUUCAUAUGGAGAGCACUUCUAUUUGAAAUGUAUUAUUGAGACUCUUCUUUCCAGUAAGGAAUGUUUACUUGGUCAUAAAUUAUUCCUAAAAAUCUCUCAUUGAUGUCUCUCUUCUUUUCCACAUUCAAAGUGGGGAAAAAAAAUAGCCACCGUAGUAAUAGAAUUACAAAGAAAUAGUAGCACCCAAUAGAAACGUGAAAGGAAGUUAAAAGAAGUAAAAUGGUUGAAAUAAUAAGCACAAUUAGUUGUUUGGAUUGUUUAUUUGCAGAACUUUGGUUUCUACCAAUGAGCAUCUCCUGCAAGAAUUAGCAGAGACGCGUACACGACACAGGACUGAAGUUGAGCAGCUCCACUGGAAUUACAAUCAGUUAAAAAAAACAAUGGAUAAACAUCCUCAUAGCAACAUGGACAACAGCAGGUGUUAGUGACAAUACAAGGAAAUUUGUUGUAAAAUGAUUUAUAAGAGGUGAUAGCAGAUAUUUACAACUACACCAUGAGCUGAUGUCUUUGAUACCUUUUAUUUAUUCAAAAUUGUUUUUCUGUCUUUGUGCAUAGAAAUUGUUCAGCAGAGACUUUCCAGAACAAAUCUUCACUUUCUUUUUUACAGAAACAUGGAUAUGCAUGAUGGCAGUUUAAACCCAGUCAGAAAUUUUGGUUGAGCACUUUCAGUCCAGAAGUCAGAGCUACCUAAAGCUAAAUGUGAGUUCAAAAUUAGAACUAUUAUCUUGAAAUCAGGGCCAUAAGUGCGAAUGGCUGAGUUAGUUCAGAAGGACAUAACGCAUAUUUUUUAUAUAUAAAUGUAGUAUAACGUAAGUUGAAUUAUAGCACUGAUCUGUACUUAUGCACUGGGUACUGCUGUCCAUAUUAUCAAAUGUAAUAUUAAACAUGGUUUAGAAGGGAAACUUUUUAGGGAAAGAAUUUACUGCUUGCUCUUUCAAUUUCACUGUGGAUGAGCACCUUUAACAAGAGGUGAAACUUUACAAAGAGUGUAUCUGUGAUAGUUCUUUGGCCUGUGUGUGAUUGAUAGUUACUUUAGUUAUUCCAUUACAAAUAACACUAUCAAACAUUUUCCCUACACAGCCAUCAUUGUCUAAAGCUUUUAUUUUACUCUCCAUAACCUUACUGAGUAUGAGCUGUACUCUUUCACCUACAAGUACAGUAAGAGUCACGUUCUCUACUGAGACCCGCCCUCUCUGGACUCUCAGGCAGCACAAAGAGGGUGGACUCUAGUCAGCAGAAAAUUCCCCUGUCAAAUGUGCAGUAAAUAAACUUGUCGGAUUUUUAAAAAAUAAUUAGCAGUUAUUAUGUGAUGCAGCUUACUCUCUUCUGCAAUAUAAAUGGAUCAGGUAUAAUCUGUUUUUUACUGUAGUCUGAUUCAUAACUUUCUUGAAAAUUUUUCUCGUUAUCUUUUUCUAAUAAAAGAAAUUGAAAUUAUUUGAUCUCCUACUAAUUACUCAAUUCUGAUACAUAGUAAAUACAAGUCACUUUUACUAACAGCUAUUCUUGAGUUAAGCAAUAUUAAAAGUGUACAUGUAACUUUAAAAAAUGAAGGUUUUUUUUGUAGUUGGAUUAGUCAAAAGGAUUCUUGUACUUGAGACUUCCCAUGAGUAAGAGAUUGUAAAUUAUGUAAUAACCAGGCCCGGUAUUUUUAAUUAAUAUUUAACAUUUGAAUGUGUCAGUUCCCAGGAGACCGCUAUAUAUGCUUUUCCUUUUUGGACUCUUUCCAAUGAACUUAAUACAUAAACAAACCUAAAACAAAAAUCAUACCUAUGUACUAAUAGCAGUCGCCUGUACAUUCAUGGUAACUUAAGCUCUCAUUAAUCAUAUUCAUCAUGUGGGCUGUUACUGGGUCAUGACUGGCAGGAUUCAUGGCUAGUCUGAAUACGAUAAGCAGGGUUGGGUCUAGUUCCUAUUUAGAUAGAAGCUGUUGAACAAAUUCCCAUGACGCUGCCUGGAUAUAGACAGCUAGGCUGUGGGAUUGGGUUAAUAAAGAAAUGAAACGUUGAGCUUGGGACAGAAGCUCAUUUAUCUAAUUUUAUUAAAAUUUGGACCGAUUUAGUCAUGGUACAAAACUAUUCAUUAAACAGCUGGUUUUUGUUUGUUUUUUU